AUGAGCACCAAGCCGCUUCUCGCUGAGUCGCGUCGUCGUCUCCAAAGCUCGUCGUCUUCGUCUUCGUCUUCGUCUUCUUCUUCGUCUUCUUCAGCAGCAGAUAACAUGGGCUACGAAAACGGUAUGGUACACGAGGAUGUCCUCGAUUCUUAUCGCAAUGACCACGAUGCCGAUCUGGUUACUGCUACCGAGGCUCGCUCGCUGUCGCGUGGUCUCGGACAGCGACACCUUUCUAUGAUAGCUAUCGCCGGUGCUGUUGGUACCGGUCUAUUCCUGGGUCUCGGCGGUGCUAUACAAACGGCUGGGCCACUCGGGGCUUUAUUAGGAUAUGCUAUUGUCGGUCUGAUCGUAUGCGCCGUAACUUUUGCCUUAGGCGAGGUGGCCGCCCUCCUACCCGUCACGGGCUCCUUCGUCCGGCACGCCGAGUUCCUCGUGGAUCCGGCCCUCGGGUUUGCCGUAGGCUGGAACCUGGUCUACGGCGCUGCGCUGUCCAUCCCGAGCGAGCUGACGGCGAUAUGCGUGUUGUUCACCUUCUGGACCGAUGACGUGCACCCGGCCGCCUACAUCAUGAGCUUCAUCACCCUGACGUUCAUCGUGGGGAUCGCCUUCGUGCGCGUCUUCGGCGAGGUCGAGUUCGUGUUCGCCCUGCUCAAGGUCCUGCUCAUCGUCUUCCUCAUCAUCUUCGACGUCAUCGUCGCCGCCGGUGGCGUCCCCGGCAUCCCCGCCACCGGCUUCAAGUACUGGCGCGACCCGGGCCCCUUCGUCGAGCACAUCGCCUCCGGAAGCUGGGGUAACUUCUUGGGCUUCUGGAGCGUCCUGGCCAGCGCCGUCUUCUCCUUCGCCGGCGUCGAGUCCAUCGCUAUGCCCGCCGCCGAGCUGCGGAACCCGGCGCGGGCUAUCCCGCGAGCGUGCAAGCGUGUGUUUAUCCGUGUCCUGCUAUUCUAUAUGUUGGCUAUCUUCGUGGUUGGUUUACUGGUUGCUAGCAAUGACGACCGGCUCAACGAUUCCUCCGGCACCGCGGCCCAGAGCCCGUUCGUUAUUGCAGCUUCGGCCGCCGGUAUCAGCGCCGUCCCGAGUGUCGUUAACGCCGUUGUAAUUACGUCGGCAUGGUCAUCCUCGAACCAGACCUUGUUAUCUGGCACUCGUGUGCUAUACGCCUUAGCUUUGAAAGGGCAGGCGCCUCGUGUAUUCCUCCGCACUACUUCUUGGGGUACCCCUUACGCCUGCGUCUUGUUCUACACUGCUUUCAUGUUUCUCAGUUUCCUGAGUUUGGACUCGAGCGCGCUGACCGUGUUCUGGUACCUUGUUGAUCUGACGGCCGCCAGCGUCUUGGUCUCGUGGAUCACAAUUUUGGUCAACCACAUUCGACUGAAGUUAGCUGUGACGAAGCAGGGUAUCCAACCUUCGCGGUUACCAUGGCACAACUGGUGGUCUUAUUACAGCUCCAUUCUAGCUCUCAUCAUGUGCAUUAUCAUAUUAUUAACAGGCGGUUUUGAGGUUUUCACUGCAGGAAAUUGGAGCGCCAGCGGCUUCAUUUCGGCAUACUUGGACAUACCGCUUGUGCUUGGUGCGUAUUUGAUAUUUAAAUAUGUCAAGAAAACUAGGGUUACGUCACUCAAGAGCAUACCCCUUGAUGAUGCGAUUUUACAAGCGAGCCAAUAUCCCGACGAACCUCAAGAGAAGUCGGAUGGCUGGGUACGCGCCUUCUCUUGGAUAUGGGAUUAA